AGUGGGAAGGGAGAGUGGGCGGGUUGCGUUCUGCGCCCGUGCGCUGCCCACACGGAAGGGGCUCUUGGCCGCGCCACUUCCGCUUCCCGGCGCGAGAUCCUCCGCUUGUGCGGCUCGCGGGACGGGCGGCGCCAUGGCCGGUAUCAAAGCCUUGAUUAGCCUGUCCUUUGGCGGAGCAGUCGGACUGAUGUUCUUGAUGCUUGGAUGUGCCCUUCCCCAAUACAACCAGUACUGGCCACUGUUUGUUCUGUUUUUUUACAUCCUUUCUCCUAUCCCGUACUGCAUAGCAAGAAGAUUAGUAGAUGACACAGAUGCUACAAGUAAUGCCUGCAAGGAGCUAGCAAUAUUUCUUACAACAGGCAUUGUUGUCUCAGCAUUUGGGCUACCGAUAGUAUUUGCAAGAGCACAACUGAUUUACUGGGGCGCAUGUGCACUUGUUCUUACGGGGAACACAGUCAUCUUUGCCACAAUCCUAGGAUUUUUCUUGGUCUUUGGCAGCAAUGACGACUUCAGCUGGCAGCAGUGGUGAAAGGAAGAUAAGAGAACUAUCACAGGCAUCUUGUCAUGCCAUCUUGCCAUGCCAUCCAUACAAAUGAGAGAAUGGGCAAUAAAGAGAAGUAGCAUAGCAAGCCUCUUGAAUAUCCUAGAUGAUCCUUUUCACCUUAUUUGUUCUGAGUGUACUACUGUUGCUGACAGGGUUCCUACAUUUUUAUGGAGUGGAGAGAUGACUGGUUUUAUUUUUACCUAUGGUAUGUUUUUAGGUGCUCUCCAUUUAAACCUGUCACAUUUUGUGUUGUUUAUGUGAAGCUUUUAAUUUGGAACAAGGAACAUUUAAACAGUUCCCAAGCAGUUUCAAAGUGGAGGAUAUUUUUUUGUUUUGUUACUCUAAGUGAAUCAUUAAUAGUAUGUUUCAAACCAACUUUUUUUAUAUAGGGAUUACAAGUUGAAUGGAGGUAGGAGAUUGCACCACCACUGUCAAUUAAACUGGAUGAAUAGAUUGUUGCUACAUUUUAGUAGAGGCAAGGUGGGGUGGGGAGUACCAGUUAUAGAAUAUUUAUUUAUUUAUAUAUUUCCUCCUUCUGCCCAUACCUCAGAGUGGGUGAUGAAUGUUGAUAGCCUUCAUUUCAGGAGAAGGCUGAGGAGCAGGUACAGUUAUUUGGGAGAAGUCCUAAAUUUUAACGUGGCUAGCAUUUUUACUUGUGUUGUUACCAGUUCUUGUGUGGAUGUGACAUUCGAAUAAUCUGUAAAUGUACUGAUGCUAUGACAUACAAAAUUCAAGUGUAUUGUAGGGGAAAGGAGAAUGAUGUUUAAACUCUGUUUAA